UCAUUUCUUAGUGCGAGUUGGGCGUCGUGUGUAUAUAGCCGGUUUGACGCGGAGUGUGCUAUGACCGUGAUGGGCGCCGCCAUUUUUGAAAUGAUUACGAACCCAUGCGUCCUUGCCGACAUGUUCAAACAACUGAGCUGGUUGUUUAGAAACGAGUAUGUCAUAACAAAGUGACCUGAAAAGCAAUAUUUUUCCCGAUUUGGUUGACUUUUGAUCCUUGCCAGUUGAGAAGGUAACCGAGGGGUCAUAAGGUCGUCUAGAUGCCGUAUCUGUGUCGCAUUGUGUCAUUGUGAUUUCAUGACAUUUUUCAGACUAUCUGAAAGCAUGAACAAAACAGUGGCUUGUAUACCUAGUCGCAUUCGAAUCGUUGAUAGGAUAUUCCUCGGGGCGUUGAACAUUCUUUGUUCAGCUUUGGUAAAUCAGUGGCAACCAACAGCUUCUGGAAUAAAGACUGCAAGAUUACUACAUUUCGAAAUGGUUAUUACUUGAACUUUGCUUUACAACCCGGCCAUGAUAAAAAGGUGCUAUAAAAAUUAGAGAGAAUGGUCUUGGCCUGACUGCAUUUUAGACCCUGACCAGAACAAACUUGUACCAGUAUUCUCUCAAUUAAGCAGUCGUUUGUGUGACUUCUAAGGUUACAGCCAUUCACUUAUUGGGCUUCCACGUACAACACAAAUCAUCGACUUUCAAGGGUUGACCCGAAAUGUGAAAAUACAGACAGAAAGGGAAUGCCAUUAUCGGCACCUUAACUAGACAUCACGAACAGUAAUGUUUGGAUUGCGUGAACUGACAAGGAAGAGUGAAGCAAUGAAGCUGAAAAAGGAACGAUGACUACUCGUAAGGAUUCCCCUCGACAUAAAGACAUUCCAGUCACUUUAGGCAGGUCCGACAACAUGGCUGUGCAGCGGAUUGAUGACACAGGGCCGGCCGUGGACGCCCCGUCGCGAAGACACCAACAGGGAAAAGGAGUGUCCUCGGACCAUGAAGAAACGUCGUCUAAACUCACUAUACCACAAAGCUCGCCUUGGUCCAAUCAACGGACAACAUCACCCAGGAACACCAACCUACAAACUACGGAAAUAUCAACUCGCGGUAUACACGGAGGAUGCAGGAAUAUCUUAUCUGAUGAUUCAAGGAGAUCAGAUGCUUCAUGUAGAGUCAGAAGACUAAACAUGACCACACUGGAGCCAAAAUCUAGUGCCACAUUCAAGAACAUCUCGUCAAAACCGUUUGAUGGAAUGAAUAGUUUUUCUCUGCCAUCUGCCAUCACUACCAACAGGUCUCCAGGGACAGCCGAGAAGGCAUCCUUUCUUAAAACCAGCGAGAGACUCUCCGAUGCGAGCAGCAGUAUAGUCUCCAUGAGGAGCGCUAGUUCUGGGAGUCGAGCUUCCGGGGAAUGCCCUUCUGACGUCACAAGUCACGUGCGGAUGACGUCAAAUCCUGGCGGCUCUUCUCAAGCGAUGAGCCCGAGAAAUUUGAAACACGGGCUAGGCCUACCGUCUGUCCGCAUCAAGCCCCCGAUGCGAGCCAGAAGAUCCUCAGAACCAGCUCUUUCUUUGUGUCUUAAAUCAUCCUCUCAUUCCUCCCGACAACCAACUGAACAUCCACCGACUGCCGAUCAGUCCUGGCCCGGGCACACCGGCGGGAACAUGCCGGUUGGAAAAUGCUCGCAACGCGGUGGGAGAACCCUGGCUCGUUUAGAACGCACCCAGUCCCAUCCACAGUUUAAAAGCCGGACCGUAAGCGGUAAUCGAAAUCAGAAACAACCGGAGAAGAGCAGCAGUGAACCUAGUCACAAGGAGGCGAAGGGAGACGCUGAUGAAAACACUGACGAAGACGAUGAGACAACGCACGACGGACUCGAUAAGAAAGUGUUGACAUGGCUGAAUGGACUAGACAGCGCCACCUGUCGACGGUUUAUGAGAAGGCAGAUGGCGUCCCUUCAAGAAAUUGACGAUCAUUGAUGUUUAAUAAAGAAAGGUUUCUUGCAUAAUCCUUCACUUAAUAAUUCAUCGACAAUGUGGCCAUUUAUCGGUAAUUUUAAAGUGCUGAUGUCCGUUGAGUCUGAGAGGACUUAUGUACAAAAUCAAAAUGUCGAUGGCCGGGCUGACUUCACGUGAAAACUGAAAUGAGUAGUUGUAGUUUUCAAACAAAUUGACAACUUCAAAUUUCCUUGGAAAAGAAAAAACUACGCAAUUGUUACAGACUCCGUGUGGGGACAACAGAGGGCUGAUCACUCAGAACUCCAGCAAGUUGGUUGAGGGUUUUUACCCCAUAAGUAUCUAGGGUUGUCUGUAGCGUUAUAUGAGAUGCACGAUAAAUUCAGUCGGACUUACUUCCCUAUCCUUAAAAUAACACAAUUAUCGAAAGAGAAUGUUCAGAGAGAUCAUAAACUGUUUUGAGAAAACAAAUAGUAAAGGAAGAUAUAAAACCAGAAAGGGCACCUAUGUGACUUGAACCUUGUAUAUGUGAUACAAAAACAGAAUAUUCACCUGGAUAAUGCAGCCUGAGUUGUUCUAGGAAUGCAGUUCUUUCUUUAACAUUUUUUUAAUUCUAUAAUUUUGGUAAUAUUUUCAUAAGCAUCCAUUGUAAUAUACCCUAGUGCAUCCCAACUAAGAUUUUUUGUUUCUGAACAGAUCAUUUAUAAACAAAUAAAGGAACAUAUAAGGGAUAAACAUGUUAUUCCUUCCAGAAGAAACGAAAUAUCUUGGGGACUACAAUCAGUUCAAUGGUGAAAAUAAAAUUGCCCAAACAAUCCAGACAGUUGAUGGCGUUUCAAAUGAGUUCUGGAAUCACAGACGCGUUCUUUGAAUAAUAUUGGCAAAUUUAUUAAUAAAAAUCACAACAAGACUGAGAAAUAGCAUGCAUGAGAAAAACCAUCGACUCCCAACCAGUUCAGGUCAAAACGGGUCACCAUGUGGCCCCACACGGGUAUCGUUGUCAUGACAACGGUAUACAGAAAGUUCAGCACCUUGACCCGGUGUGAGUCUCGCAUCGCGUGAUGACGAGUAUUGCAUUGUAGACCAGGAGUUGAGGCAAUAAGAUCAGCUGUGUUGACAGGAUAAACCGAACGCUAAACCUAGCAGUUUAUGGUUUCAUCCUAUGCAUCAAGUGUAUCGGCAGUCCAUUUUGUGAUUCCCAUGCACCUGUCACGGGAAAUUUGAUUGAGACGCUGCAAUGAUUUUUCGACAGUUUUUUUUCUAAUGUGAAUACUACAGUAGCGAGAGAUUCAUGUUGAGAGUCGCAACUGGAUGGCAUGGAACAUUGAGAUGAGAGAGAAAUUGGUGUCAUGCGUUUCUCUUCCUGCUGAAUUGUAUACCCAUUGACACACAGUGCAUUCGUGAAAUGAUCAGCCAGCAUACAUGUAAGGUUGUCAUAAGGAUUGACAUGGUAUGCAGUUUUUUUGUUACUGUGUCCAAUAGAGCGUAGGUCUACCCUGCCCCCUGGGGGCUUUGGCUUUUGACUAAGUGUUGAUGGAGAUUUGGUGGUUGUAUUGAAACACUGUGGGGGAGCACUCACUGACUGUCCUUGAUGAUUUUACCAACAAAGGCUAAACUACCUGUGAGGUGUUGCAGUAAUGGAUAAAUCAGUGCCGACAGGUGAGGAGGUAGGGGUGGGAGAGUCGACCAAGCCCAUGGCAACCUAUAUGCCGUCUAUUGGCUCGCGAGCACCCAUGUUUGUUAAGAGCAGCACGGUGUUGGAGUACGAGAUGUACGGUUCCGGCAACACAUCACCGCGAGCCUCACCCGCCAACCCACCGGUGACUCCCUGGGACGAUACGGGAGAUGAGAGGGAUUUUAGUCCAGCUCGGAGUCCGGUAAAUAUGUUACUAGCCACCGACUUGACCGAGGCGAUGCAUGGACGGGGUACCGGGAAUCUCUCCGCAGACACGGCGUCGUUCAAGGCUGGGGUACGCUGGCCGUACUUAAAACAACAAGCUGCUCGACAUGUUUACGGAAACCUCCGAUCAAGGCUACAGAGACGAGAACCAGUCUCUUCUCCAGCCGUCUGUAUGACCUAUUCCCCAGGCCAGGCAUUCAGUCACCAAAGGGACGGAAUACACAUAGAGACUUUCGGUAUAAGACCCAAAUCAGACUCUGGUCCUACAGAUGAAGCCGUUUUAAAACCGCGUCCUCAAUUGACCACAGAUCUCCAACCAUUCGAGAAGAAGAAAAACUACCGGAUUUCCUUCAAAUUAUCUGAGACUGAGCAGCGAAGUUGCGUAUCGGCUCCUCCACCGACGGCCGAAUCUGCCGUCUCUAAACCCAACUCAAGCCAAGGCUCUCAACCGGCCAAAUCAGCCUCUCAACAGACUCGCCGAUCCAAGACAGCCCGCGAGCACUAUCGACCUAAGAGGGAUCCCUUGGUCAGGUUUGACUCUUCAGAACUACCUCAAAGAUUCCAGCAAGAUCACCGACCCUCAUCCGUGUCUCCCAAGGUCCCCUCUAAGGUAACGUGGACCGAUGUAAUGACUGCCAAGUCGACCGGUGUCUACCGUGAUUCCCCAGACGGACUGGGCGGGCCGAGGCGUCAUAAUAACGGGUCAAAUGUUAGGCUGUACCUGUCCUCAGAGCUGUGGGGGAUACUAGAUGAGGACAUUAGUGCCAUUAAGACAGUGGCUGGCAAAAGUUGACCUGCAGUUUCUCGAUUAUUUUUCUGCAAAUAAUAGAGCAACUUAACUCUUCCUCGUUUUCUUCCACUGCGGAUUUUUUAAGUUAGCAAGUUGCAUCUGGUCAUGUUGGUGCAGGGUUAUAUUCGUACGAUAUUUACGUUUUAAAAAAAUCAAAUUUAGACAUAUUUAUGUACUUUUUAUACGAGUAACUUUACAUUACUAUUCACCGUAUCAAUUUGCUUGCUCUUUAUGCUGUAUAUUACUUUAUAUAUGCAAAUUAAUGCUUAUACGUGUUGCAUGCCAUAAACACAUUGCUGCCAGAACUGCCAGUUUGAAUUGCGAUUUGACAAUAU